UCGUCCCCGAACCCUAUUUUCCCUCGAAUAAAAUUUUUGCGCCGCCAUCCCGUUCUCCUUCCCCCGCCUUCCUUUCCCCCGUGCGAAUAUCCGCCAUAAAAUCCCACCGGAAGAGCAAGCAGCAGAGCCCACCACCGCGCCACGGUCGACCUACCGCGCAGGACCACCGAGCCCCUCCCUUCCCCCGUGGCCGCUGCGGAUCCCCUUUCCUCUGCCUUCUCUCCCCCCGUCAGCUCCUCUUCCGUGCGUGCGGCGGGCGAUGGCGGCGGCGGCGGCGGCGGCGGCGGACACUUCCGCGGCUUCCACGACCGGGCUCGCGCUCUCGGAGGCGAGCAUCAACUGGGAGAGGUUGGACAAGACAAAGUUUCAUGUCAUUGGAGCAAUCCUAUUUACGGCCCAGCAAGGUGUUCUGCACCCAACAGCUGUUGUGAAGACUAGAAUGCAGGUUGCCGAAGGAGGACUUUCACAUAUGUCUGGCUUUGUCGUUUUUAGAAAGAUAUUGAGGAGUGAUGGCAUCCCUGGUGUUUUCAGAGGAUUUGGCACCAGUGCAGUUGGAGCUCUGCCUGGACGAAUCUUGGCUCUAACUUCACUAGAGAUAUCCAAAGAAAUGGCAUUUAAAUACUCUGAGCAUUUCGAUAUGUCCGAGGCAUCAAGGAUUGCUGUUGCUAAUGGUGUAGCAGGCUUAGUGUCAAGUACCUUUUCAAGUUCAUAUUCUGUACCCCUAGAUGUGGUUUGUCAGAGACUCAUGGUUCAGGGAUUGCCAGGGAUGCAAACAUAUAGAGGCCCAUUUGAUGUGAUAAAUAAGGUUGUCAGGAGUGAAGGCCUCCGGGGCCUUUACCGAGGUUUUGGAAUUACCCUUUUAACUCAAUCACCAGCUUCUGCCCUUUGGUGGAGUUCAUAUGGUGGGGCUCAACAUGCUAUCUGGAGGAGCUUGGGCUACGGAAAUGGUACGCAGAAGAAACCCUCCCAUACAGAACUUGUUGCUGUGCAAGCAACAGCUGGAACAAUUGCUGGAGCUUGCUCAUCGAUUAUCACUACACCAAUAGAUACCAUCAAGACCCGGCUUCAGGUAAUGGACAACUACGGGAGUGGAAGGCCAUCCGUCAUGAAAACUACGAGGCUGCUCCUGCGAGAAGAUGGCUGGAGAGGUUUAUACCGAGGGUUUGGACCACGCUUUCUUAACAUGUCUCUUUGGGGUACAUCAAUGAUUGUCACAUACGAGCUAAUAAAAAGACUUUCUGUGAAACCUGAACAAUGAGCCUCUUGGCUUCUGCUCCACCAUCUGGUCAUCAUUUCCGUUUUGGCCAUCUAGUGAAUUCCUUUUGGUACAGGGAUUGGCAUGUAACACCGCUCGGAAAUUCUUGAUGCAAGUCCCCUUACAAAGUCUGACAUGUUUCUGUACGGAACUACCCUGUAAAUACCUCCAUGUGCUGAAGGGUGCUCGUUUCAGAUGAGAGCCAGAGGAUCGAUCUGGGUACCGGAGCACCUUGUAGUUGUUGAGCAAAAAAAUUCCCUGCAAGUGCUGAAGGGUGCUCGUUUCAGGAUGAGAGCCAGAGGCUUGAUCUGGGUACUGAGCACCUUGUAGUUGUUCAGCAGAAAUUCCAGAAACAUAGUUUUGUGUCUUCCCAUUUACUCCCUCCGUUCGGAAUUACUUGUCACAAAAAGGAUGUAUCUGUAAUUAAAAUACAUCUAGAUACAUUCAUUUUUGGACGAGUAAUUCCGAACGGAGGGAGUAAUUGGCAUAGUUACCCCAGCUUGAAUUUUCAAUUUUGCAUUACUUUUGUAGCUCACUUCUUGGGAUGAGAUGUGGCAUGUCCAAAUCAAUUUAGCAUCAUAAGUGAGGUGGUAGGCUGCAAUGUAUACCUUGUCGAAUGUCAGCAUUCUACAGUGAGAGGUUGAUACUUCCUUUAAUGUUUGUCCUACAUGACUAAUACCAUUGUUACUUAGUAUAUUUUUUGUUAUUCUUGGCCA